GCCGCUCCUCUUCCGGCAGCGAUGGCGGCGGCGGCGCUGCCGGGCCUGGGGGCACUGGGUCCCGGCGAGGCCGCGGCGGCCGCUCAGGCGCUGGCGCUGCCCGCGGAGGCCUUCGGCAACGACCCGCGCGUGGAGCUGGCCUGGGCGCAGCGGGCGCUGCAGCACGCCCGGGUCUACUUCAACCUCAUCUCCUCCGUGGACCCCAAGUUCCUGAGGCUGACCCCGCUGGACGAGCGCAUCUACGCCGAGUUCCGCGGAACCUUCCGGGAGCUGCGCCUCGAGCGCCUGGACCCCGAGGAGCUCAAAUCGGAGGCGGCCAAGGAGAAGUGGCGCCCGUUCUGCCUCAGCUUCAAGGGCGCGGUGGAGGAUUUCAACUUCGGGACGCUGCUGCGCCUGGACGCGCGCGGCGCCUACACCGAGGAGAACACCAUCCUCGCCACCAGGAUCCAGUUCCUGGCCAUCGAGAUCGCGCGGAACAGGGAGGGCUGCAACGAGGAGAUCCACAGGAGGGGCGGGAAGGAGGGAACGGGAUGAGGGGGGCGAGGGGGGCAGGAGCCUGAAAUCCUACAGGAGAUUCCAUCAAUCCCACAAGAGAUUCAAUAAAUGAUAAGGGAAUUUUCAUAAGUCCUACAAGAGAUUCAAUAAAUCCUACAAGAGAUUCAAUAAAUCCAAAGGUCUUCAAAAAUCCUACAAGAGAUUCCAUAAAUCCUACAAGAGAUUCCACAAAUCCCGCAAGAGAUUCAAUAAAUGAUAAGGAAAUUUUCAUAAAUCCUACAAGAGAUUCAAUAAAUCCUAAAAGAUCUUCAAAAAUCCUGUGAGAGAUUCCAUAAAUCCUGCAAGAGAUUCCAUAAAUCCUACAAGAGAUUCCAUAAAUCCUGCAAGAGAUUCAAUAAAUCCUACAAGAGAUUCCAUAAAUCCCACAAGAGAUUCCAUAAAUCCCGCAAGAGAUUCCAUAAAUCCUGCAAGAGAUUCAAUAAAUCCUACAAGAGAUUCAAUAAAUCCUGCAAGAGAUUCCAUAAAUCCUGCAAGAGAUUCCAUAAAUCCUACAAGAGAUUCAAUAAAUGAUAAGGGAAUUUUCAUAAAUCCUGAAAGAACUUCAAUAAAUCCUACAAGAGAUUCAAUAAAUCCUACAAGAGAUUCCAUAAAUCCUGCAAGAGAUUCCAUAAAUCCCACAAGAGAUUCCAUAAAUCCCGCAAGAGAUUCAAUAAAUCCUGCAAGAGAUUCCAUAAAUCCUGCGAGAGAUUCCAUAAAUCCUACAAGAGAUUCCAUAAAUCCUGCAAGAGAUUCCAUAAAUCCCACAAGAGAUUCCAUAAAUCCCGCAAGAGAUUCAAUAAAUGAUAAGGGAAUUUUCAUAAAUCCUACAAGAGAUUCCAUAAAUCCUGCAAGAGAUUCAAUAAAUCCUACAAGAGAUUCAAUAAAUGAUAAGGGAAUUUUCAUAAAUCCUACAAGAGAUUCAAUAAAUCCUACAGGAGAUUCCAUAAAUCCCGCAAGAGAUUCAAUAAAUGAUAAGGGAAUUUUCAUAAAUCCUGAAAGAACUUCAAUAAAUCCUAAAAGAUCUUCAAUAAAUCCUACAAUUACUUCAAUAAAUCCUAAAAGAUCUUCAAAAUCCUGCGAGAGAUUCCAUAAAUCCUACAAGAGAUUCAAUAAAUCCUAAAAGGUCUUCAAAAAUCCUACAAGAGAUUCAAAAAUCCUACAAGAGAUUCCAUAAAUCCUACAAGAGCUUCAAUAAAUGAUAAGGGAAUUUUCAUAAAUCCUACAAGAGAUUCCAUAAAUCCCGCAAGAGAUUCAAUAAAUCCUGCAAGAGAUUCAAUAAAUCAUAAAAGGUCUUCAAAAAUCCUAAAAGAGCUUCAAUAAUCCUAAAAGAGAUUCCAUAAAUCCCACAAGAGAUUCAAUAAAUGAUAAGGGAAUUUUCAUAAAUCCUACAAGAGAUUCAAUAAAUCCUACAAGAUCUUCAAAAAUCCUACAAGAGAUUCAAUAAAUCCUACAAGAGAUUCCAUAAA